UAACACUGACGACUACCGAGCAUGAGCUCGCCAAUGCCACUAUCUCCUCGACGGUCUGUGAGUGUGCAUGGGCACAUUCCCAUUCCCGACGCUACCAUCGUCCACCUGGAUUCUUGGACGGAACGGAAGACGACGACGGUACGCACCACCAUCGCCGGACGACGAUAACCGCGGCGGUGCCGCCGCAAAGCUGCUCUGCACUCGUUCCGGCAACGACAGACUACGCACUCAAUAGAUCAUUAGCCAACCAUGAAAGAACGCUAUCGAAAACAAAAAUUUUUAAAAAAUGUUGGUCUACAACCAUUUAAAAUUCAAAGGCCUAUGGAAGAAGAAAAUGAUACUAAUAUAUGCGAACGAGUAUGUUUUUAUUACUUUGAUGAUGAAGCACAAGUGAUAUGUCGCGGUUGUUAUAAAAGCUUUAAUUCAUGGUUAAAUUUUCGAUUGCAUUUUAAUACAUUAUCAUGCCAUACAACUCAAACAAAUUACAAACUAAAUACUUAUAACGAUGUUUAUAAAAAAUACAAGUUAAAGAAAGCUAAGACUAAGAAAAAAAUGAAUAACCGUUUAAGUGCUGCACAACUUAUGGAUUUGGAAACUUUGAACACUCGCAAAACAAGAAAAAGGUGUUACCAAAACACUAGGGCAGUUGUAACUGUUUCCAAAUCUUCAUCAGACUCUGGUUCAACAAAUUCAGAAAAAGCAACUGUAAAGACAUUGAAGAAAGGAACUGUUGAAAUCGAUAUUAGUAGCGAUGAAAGUGUAGAGGAGUCGAAAAUAAAACCAAAUGGUUGCGAUACUAUUGAAGUUCAAGACAUUCCGAGUAGUACAAAAACCAUUAUUCCAAAUUCAUCUCAUGACAAUCAGACGACGCUAACUGUUAAAACAGAAUGGAAUGCCGAUGACUUAUCGCUGAUUUCUUCAGACGAUCAUUCAUCAAGCUCUGCUCAUUGUCCACCAAAAUAUAGUCCCCCCAAAAAUAAGGAAUUAAAAUAUCAGUAUGUUUGUGUUAUUUGUGAUGCACAAUUUAUGAGUAAAUGUUCACUUACGAUGCACCAAGUGCAGCAUAUAAAAUCAGAUCGCAGUAGUUACAGUGUUUUUAUGGCUGCAUUAACUCAAUCUGCUAGAGUGUAACACAUCAAUAUAUACUAUUCGAGUUAUGUUUCAAAAGGUAACUCUAGUCCCUAUAAUGAAGUAUCAAGUCCUAUUUAUUUAUUUAUGGAACAAACGUCUUUUAACAUAAACUGCAUGAUUAAUAUUUAUGGUUGUACAAUUUUAAACCAAUUUUAAGAAAAUACAAUUUUAUGUUUGCAUAAUUUAAGUUAUUAUCAUUUGUGCAUUACCAUUAAAUUUCACAACAUAAUGUUGUGACCAUUAACAUCUGUCAAACAAUGUAUUGUAUUUACUUUUAUUUGAUUCCUAUAUUGUUUUUUUUAUUUUAGACUAAAAUAAUUUUUACCUUAUUCCCACAAUUAAAUUGAGAUUUAGAACACGGAAAGAUAUUGUUUGGUUAAGCUAAAAGAAAAAGAUAAAAACUAGCAGCAUUAUUAAGCAUGUUCAUUAAUCAUAUCAGAUAUUAUUGUAUGCAAGCCUAUUUUAUUUUUAUUUUUGAAGAAAAAUGGUCUAACCUAACAAUAUCUUGAGCUGAUUUUUCUAUAAGAAUCAGUGAUACUUUAAUAUAGGGCACUUUAAACUGUAAAGUUUGCUUUUUUUGUAAAAAAAAAAAAAAACUAUUAAUGUUUAAGACAAAUUUUUUUAUUUUCAGUGUACCUCACAUAAAAAUAAAUGAAAAUUAUUUUACU